AUGCUGAUGGACGCCUACCGCGACGAACGUCCCGGGAUCCGCAUCGCCUACGGGACGGACGGUCAGCUCCUGAAUCAGCGGCAGAUGCACUUCCAAUUGCGCGUAUCCACAACCACAGUUCGCGAACUUCUCCUCGCCGACGACUGCACCCUGAACACCACCUCGGAAGAUGAGAUGCAACGGAGCAUGGACUUGUUCUCCGUCGCCUGCGAGAACUUGGGUGUGGUUAUCAACACGCAGAAGACGGUGGUGAUGCAGCAACCGCCACCCAACUCGGCCACACCCCUCAUAGAACCGCAAAUCAGUAAGAAUGGGACCCAACGGCAUGUGGUGGAGAACUUCCCGUACCUGAGCAGUACCCUCUCCCGCAACACCAAAAUUGAUGACGAAGUCGCCAACAGGAUCCCGAAAGCCAGUCAAGCCUUCGGCCACCUCCAAAGCACAGUUUGGAAUCGUCAUGGUCUCCAACUGAGCACGAAGCGGAAGAUGUACAAAGCCGUCAUACUGUCGAAGCUGCUGUACGGAGCGGAGACUUGGACGGUGUACACAAAGCAGGCACGCCGACUGAACCACUUCCACCUCAGUUGGUUUCGUCACAUCCUGAGGCUGAACUGGCAGGACCGCAUCCCCGACACUGAUGUGCUGGAACGGACGGGAAUCCUCAGCAUCUGCACCAUGCUGAGACAAAUGCAGCUGCGCUGGAGCGGCCACCUGGUGCACAUGGACGACGAGCGACUACCCAAACGACUCUUCUACGGAGACGUUACGAGGGGUUCUCACCGUAAAGGAGGCAAAAUUCGCCGUUACAGGGAUACCCUGAAGUCCUCCCUGAAACAUCUGCAAAUCAACACGGCCAACUGGGAAGAGCUCGCACUCGAUCGACCAACCUGGAGGAGAACAGCGAAGACGGGCGCUGCUAUCUACGAAGCCAACCGCAUCGCUGCCGCCAAAGCGGAACGUGAAGCCCGCAAAUCCCAACUUCGCUCAGUACGCAACGCCGCCGCACAACCGCUUCCAACGUCUCCUCGAUGCCAACGAACAUUCCGGGCUCGCAUCAGACUUGUUGGACAUCUGUGGAUCAACUGCGCCCCUCGAACUGCACUAGCCAUCGUCCCCCCGUCCGCACCUUCCUAGUCCUCUCCGCCGGCAAAUACCUCUGACUACUCUACUGCCCCGCCACCCCUAACCUCUUCCUCCUCCUCCUCCUCCUCCUCCUCCUCCUCCUCCUUCUCCUCCUCCUCCCCACUCCUCCUUCUCCUCCACUACCACCACCACUACCACCACCACCACCACUGCCCUUGCGAAGGCCGCUCAGACGACUGCCACUCACGCAACAACCGGCACCACACUCACUGCCUUCGACUCCAGCGACGAGGAUCAGGACUACACCUGCCCCCACUGAGACCGCACCUUCACCUCACACAUCGGCCUGGUCGGUCACCUGCGAAUCUAUCGCACAGAGACUGGCCAACCAGUGCCUGGAGCACCAACCUACACCCACCGUGCCCGCCUCCACUGCCCAAACUGCUCACGCACCUUCACGCAUCACAUGGGUUUAUUCGGCCACAUGCGCAUCCACGAGAGCUGAAUUGA